GCGGAAUGUAUUGAGUGGAAACGUGGGAGUCUCAGCUCAUUGCUCGAUGAGCGUAGAACUGAACAGUACGGCCGAUAUUACAUCUAGUGUGGACAAUAUAUACUCUCCGUGUGGUGCGCUAUGUUGGAUAUACACGUGUAAGCAUGGGUCCCGGGAUCCGGGACAGACUUGAUGUCCGGUGAUCGUGGGGUCGAUCGCGGACCUCACAACCCUGUAGGCUGCGAACCUACAACACUAGCAGGCAGGCCAGGCCAAUAUGGCGGCCAUGCCUCGACUGUUUGUGAGUGUUGCUUUUGUUGUUUUGGGGAGUUACAUUGUCCAGCAUGGAGCUUUUGGAGAAAAUGUACUCUGUCCAGGGGCUUGCUCGUGUCUUGCCCGAAUGGUGGACUGUAGUAAGAAGGGUCUCAUCGAAGUGCCGAAGGAUUUACCAAGUUGGGUAACGAUAUUGGAUUUACAAUCAAAUGCAAUAACAACUUUGAAUCCUGAUGACUUCAAGGGAUUACAUCUUACAGAAUUAGACCUUGGCAACAAUGACAUCAAGUUUAUAAACAACACUGUCCUACAUAAUCUGUCGUCUCUUCAAAUUCUAAAACUCAACUACAAUAAACUAAGCGAGGUCCCUGUGAUGUCGACAAAUUCAAGUUUAACAGAAUUAGCAUUGAACCACAAUGCUAUCAACACGUUGAAUCCAGAGGCAUUCCAGUCAAUGCCAAACUUGAAGACGCUGGAGUUGAAUUACAAUGAAAUCAUGGAUUUACCUCUUGGGACUUUUCCUGCCAAGUCAAAGCUGGAGAAAUUGUUUUUAAAUAAUAAUCGUAUAGUGAGCCUAGAGCUGGGGUCCUUUGUUAAUGUGACAUCCCUGGAGUGGCUGAAACUCAACAAGAACAAGCUGAUGGAGAUUCAGAAGCACCAGUUUGUCAACCUGACGAACCUCAAAACACUUGAAUUAACGAGAAAUCGAAUACAGAAGGUGGAAGGUCUUGCAUUUGCUGGAUUGAAACAUUUAAAAGUGCUGAAGCUUAAGAAAAACGCCCUGUCCAACCUGAUGGAUGGUGCUUUCUACGGCUUGGAGAAAGUGGAGACACUGCUGCUCGACCACAACAACAUCUCCAGCGUGCAGAAACGAUGGCUGUAUGGACUUGAGUCAAUCAAACAGAUGACUCUAUCACACAACAAUAUUCAUGCUAUUGAGCAGGACUGCUGGGGCUUCUGCAAGAAACUCACCAAGCUGGAUAUGACCCACAAUCGUCUGAGUUCAAUUGCCUCCCGAACUUUUGCUCAACUGGAGUCGCUGCAGGAGCUGUUUCUGAACUUCAACCUGAUUUCUCGGAUAGAUGAUGGCUCCUUCAAAGAUUUAUCUUCUCUCACUACAUUGGAGUUGAAUAACAAUGAGAUUGCUGAUGCCAUUGAAGAUUCAAAUUCAGCAUUUGAGGGUUUACGGAAGCUGGUCAAGCUGAGUCUGGCAACCAAUAAGAUCCUGUCUAUAACCCGUGGAGCCUUCGACGGCCUGGACAAGUUGAGGCACUUGUAUAUGGAAGACAACGCCAUCACGUCCAUCGAGGAGAAUCCAUUUGUUGGUCUCAACAUGCGUGACCUACAUUUCAACACCAGCAACUUACUGUGCGACUGUCAGAUCGCCUGGCUGCCAGGAUGGCUGCGUCAGGCUAGUUUUGAAUCCAGCGUCCAUGCAGUGUGCAGUCACCCCAUCUCCCUCAAAGGACGCAGCAUCUUUGAUGUACAGUUUGAAGAUUUCAAAUGCAUCAAUUUGUCCAAACCUUUGAUUCUGGAAGAUCCGAAAUCUCAGAUAGCGCUGAAGGGAGACAAUGUGACACUCAGCUGCAUCGCGAAGGUGCCAGGGGAAGGAACACCAAAGUUCCAGUGGAAGAAGGAUAACAUCCUCCUGACCAGUGCCGAUGUUGUGACUGAAGCUGUCAAUGACGGUGAUGCGAUGAGCUACACAUCACGCCUGCAUAUGCGUAAUGUGCAGGACGACAUGAACGGCCUCUACCAGUGCAUCAUCACAAACAGCUUUGGAUCAUCUUACUCAAAGAAGGCCGAGAUCAAUGUGCAUGUGUUCCCAGUGUUCACGAAGAUCCCAGUCGAUGUGACGGUGAAGGUGGGGACCACAGCCAAGUUGGAGUGUUCCGCCACCGGGCAGCCUCAGCCCACCAUUGCCUGGCAGAAGGACGGAGGAAUCAACUUCCCAGCAGCCCGUGACCGCCGCAUGCACGUCAUGCCGUCGGACGACACGUUCUUCAUCACCAACACACGGACGGAGGACGAGGGCAUCUACAGUUGCACCGCCACCAAUGAUGCAGGGACGAUCAUCAUCAAUGCAACACUGACUGUGCUUGAAACUCCUUCCUUCAGUCAGCCUAUGGAUGAGGAGAAGGUAUUUCAUGAGAGGGACACAGUGGUUUUAGAGUGUCGCGCUUCGGGCAAACCUAAACCCAAGCUAAAAUGGUUGAAGGAUGACAAGGAGCUUGUGUUCACCGAUCGGCACUUCACCACAGCAGACGACCAGCUGCUGAUCAUCGUGGACACCAAGCCCUCGGACAAGGGAACCUACACCUGCAAGAUGUCCAACACGCUCGGAGAACAGAAGGGCAAAACCAUGCUGAAACUGCGGGCCAGCGAUGGGAGCUUCGGGGGCCACCCUUCAGCUGGGUUUGGUCUGGAUGAUGAGUCAACUACAACGGGAAUCAUCAUCAUCGCCGUGGUGUGCUGCGUUGUGGGAACAUCUCUUGUGUGGGUCAUCAUCAUCUACCAGACGCGGAAGAGGCACGAGCUGUACAGCUCAACUCCAACAGGGCAUCUUUGUAUUCAAGAUGAGACAACUCUGCCUUGUGAAGUCCCGAGUUCUGGCUACACCUCUUCAGACAAGGAGGGCAGUUUCAGCCAACCACCGAUCACUGUACUGAACUACCAGUACCCGGAUUACCAGAUGAAGGAGUCCGGGUACGAGUCCUCGUCUGGGAGAUUCCGGCCCAAUGGCUGGACCCGUCCUGCCGCCAUCUUCCCCAGCGAUGUGGAUGAGGAUGACCAGCCUCAGUCUGUCCAGUACAGCCUCGCUGACCAGCAUCAGGGACGGCAUUCGGGAGGCAACAGCAUGUCCAGCUUGCACUACCCGCACAGUGAAACAGACACUAUUGCUAGCUCGCACAGCACGAGCAGCACCCACACAAGCGGGCAUCACACGUUACGAACAUUUCACCCGCAGCUGACCAAUCAUGAUCGGUGUCAACAUCACGGAAGUUGUGACAAUUGUGAAAGUUGUGAAUGCUGUGAGAAUUCUCGGACUGUGGGAGUGAAUUCACAUGUAAUAUCCAUGCACAAAUCUCACAGUAUUUCCUCAAUACCAAGUUCAAGGUCAUCAGGAAGUGUAGGUCGGCCUGAUGGUGUGGUGUCGCCACAUGUUGCUCACUCAAAGUGCUCUUCUGUAGGAACCCCUUUGGCAAAACACUCAGACUCGGGCGUGUGUGAGUGUGCCAAUGGUGGGAUAGCAGGCCGGGGGCCGACCCCUCCCCAGCCAGUCCACAUUACAUGUAACCCACUGGACAGGUUACCCAACUCUAUAGACUCUACACGAAGUGAGAAAUCACACAAGGUGCCCAACGGAGCAUGCCCACGCGUAUCAGCAAAGUCCCAGCAUGCAACUGUAAAUACUCAAGUCUGUCACCCGUCAGCCAAUCAUGUGCCAGCCAAACCACGUGACUGUUACGACAGCCCGCACUCUGUCAUUCCAGGGCCUCAUUUGCAUACGAACUCUGUCAACCGAACGAGACAAAACUCCCAGGUGGACGUAUAGCACAACGGGUUGUGGAGCAACAUAAUACAGCAACUGUGAUUGGCUCAAAUCCUGUGAAGCAGAAAUGCUCCACCAGCAGCGCAAUGUGUCCUCAAAACUUCAGUGCUAUUUAAUGAGGAUGCUGGACGUUAAGCGACAAGUUCGCUGAAGUACAACGGUGAAGUUGUGGACGAAUGGUGACUGUGUCGCCACAAUGCAACUCUGAAGACGGGUAUUUUUUGUGUCUGAGAAAGAGGCUCAAAAGCAGUUGGAGUGUACUUAAGGAGGGAAACAUUAGCAAUCGAACAAGAAGCCUCCACCAUGUGACCCAAUAUACCUCAAUUCUACUGGCUACGACCCUGUUUGGGAGGCGGAGGUUUCUGGGAAUCAUACGAAGUAUUAGCUGUGUACAGACGCAAUAGUAGAGUGAGAGCAUGAGACGAACUUUGUACAUAUUUGUGACACAAGUGGAGUGAGUGAGUGAGAAUGGCAAUGCGAGAUGGGGAUGUGGCUAAGAAUGCUCACUGACUUAAGUUUGAAGAAAAAUAAAGUUAAAUUCAAGGACAUUUUUCUCAGUUACUUUUCAAGUAUAAUUUGCGUGUUUUUAUAAACAGUAAUUUAAGCUGUUGUGAAAUGUAGCCACAUCGCCCAGGGUCAGCCCAGAUUGGCUACAGCAUUAACCCUAGAGCUGGUAUGCUCAUUUCUACCUCCAGACUUGCAUCUUGUGUUUCCUCCAUUAGCUGCAGCUAAAUGCUCCUCUAGGUUAGAUGCAUAAUACUGUGAACAACACAUGGUGACAUUAUGUCCAAUUCACCCUUACACUGACCAUUCCCUACUCAUGUGUACCUGAGUUGUGAACGGUCUUUGAAAGGGUUAAUAAGGUUCUCCGCUGAAAACUGUCCCGAGCACCUCUCUAACAGCCGGUUAUUUUCGAUCCUGGGACCCAAUCCACAAAUGUUUCCUAGCACGACAGCAUUUCCUCUUAAGCUAUAGAGUUACCAUAGUCUUAGAGCUAUGAAGGAUUUGUUGAUUGGGACUUUGUAAAUUUGUAUUUAGUUCAGUAAAAUAAAAUACCAAUUAUCUUAAGCAACUUAAAAACGUGGUCAAUGCGGUAGGGAACACCGACGAAAGACGCAUGACACAAGCAUCACUUGAUUGUUUGGGUCAUGCCUAUUAUUAUAACUUGACCUACUGAAUAGACGAGUGUUCAUACAGUAUUUUCAGUGGCAGAAUUUGGACGUAGUUGUCACCUCUAUUUUUAGAUGCCAAUGGUACGUUUGUUUGAUGCAUAUAAGUGCUGCGUGAACUGAGGCCAACUUGUUUUAAAAUGGCAUAACUCCUUGACAGGAUUGAAAGGGUCUCAGGGUUAUUUUUCAUGAUACUUCCAUGUUUUAGCAUUAAGGAAAGGAAGGUAUAUAAAUGCUUGAGUUUCAUUACUGCUUAGAAUAAUUUCCUGUACGAAGGGGUAAAUAUUAUUUGAAUUAUUACUGUUCAAUGCAUAAUUACCGAUCUGCGAAAUCCACCCCUCUUGAAAUCCUUUCUUCCAAGGUGUGCAAUGGCUUUGUGGGCAGUUUUGAUUGAUAUAUAUUUAACAUGGUUUAUACCUCAGACUGAAUGGCAAAAUAAAUCCAGAAUUAUUGCAUUUCUUGUGGAGAAAAAGCUCCCAUUGUCAAAUAAUCUACUUAAUUAUUGAAUACUUAAGCACCACCAAAGGAACAAUUUUCCAUGUGGUUUUUCUGGACAAGAUAUGGUAAUAAUUCUGGUAAUAUGAGUUGUGAAGACCUUGGUAUCAGGGAGAUCUGAUACUGGUUCGGGGCCCAUAUGAUAUGCUUGUUAUUGCCCAUGCGAGGCCCUCCUAUGACUGACAUGAAUUAUUAUGCUGAUUGGCUCGUUGUAAUGUGAUUUGAAUUUUAUGUGACAAACAUGCAUGUUGUCAUAAAAGUAUCACCAGUACAGUUUGAUUGUUUUAUUGUUUAAAACAGUUUUAUGAACGAUAUUUAAAUGAUUUUUCUUCUUUUAAAACAAGUUCUUAUGACUUCUGAAUUUGAUAUUUUCCUCAAAAUUUCAAUCUUGAAGCAUUUUGUCGUGUGGGCAAUGCAUGAUAUGGCUGAAUGGGAUGAGUGGUAGAAUGUGUGUGUGUUCGUUCAUGGAGGGUCUUGGCACAAGGGCGCAUGUUUGUAUAUAUUUUGUUGACUACACAUCUUUGUACAACAUCGACUCAAGAAUGUAGAACUAAUUUAUUGUACAAACCACUACAAGUUUGAGUGAGACUUUCAGCAAUCAGUACUGUUAUUUGUACAGUAUAUUUGACAAAAAAUAAAAAGAACAAAUAAAAAAACAAACAAAA